AUGACUUUUUUUCUCGCCACCAUCUUCGCAUUUGCGUUCUUGGCCUGGAUCCCCUUGACGCUAUGGAACGUCGACGUCCUGUUAUCUGCACUAUUCAACCUCCACUGGCUGCCUCGCGGACGUCGGUGCCAGGUUCUGGACAUUGCCGGCGCCAUCUGGGUCGUCUCCGCGGCGAUGGGCUGCGCGCUGUGGCUCGUCCACGGCCGCGAGCUCGACGCCGGGCUCUACUACCCUCGCCUCGCCAUGAUCAACAUGCUCGCGGUCCACGGCUGCGCCAUGCUGCGCGUCAUUGUCGUCACGCUCGGCGUCCCGCAGCAGCUCGAAGCAAACGACCUGGCGGUUGGGCCGUGGGAGGAGCCUUGA